UAUUGUUAUAUUAUCCAGUUAUGUACGUUUAUAAGUACAUAUCGAGAUUUUUCAAUACUCGUUUGCAUCCGGGUAUUUGCUAUUUCAACAUACCGCCGUUAACUUUCCUGGAGAAAGUCAGAGAUACCGCGAACAUCGUUUCAAGCGAAAAACAGAACGCCUUUAUUUCGUUUGCUUUAUAUUUCGCAAUUUAAAUGCCGGCCUUUCAGUUCCUGUAUCUUCAGAGAUCUCAUCUGCUGUAUUUCUUUGAUCUCAGAAUCACGAUGACAAGCAAAACGGUCAUGCAGUUAUGUUCUACAAUUAUGCUUAUCAUGUUGACAGCGAUCAGUAUAGUAUGUGCAUCAUCCUCAUCCCAGUUAGAAUUAUCGCUUGUCACGAUGAAUCAUGGUCCCUGGGCAGAAAUCCUUGAAAAUUGGAUCAUCCUUCAAUCCAACAAUUCUCGUACCGCACGUGCGAUGAAAAUUGGUGAUAAAACUGUGACAGUGUCGACAAAAAUUUCCACGACAAAUAAAAGAGACGUUUCUGAAACCGAUCUGUAUUUACUUGGUGCAAUCGAGAAAUUGGUCUACAGAGUGGAUCAUCUAGAAAAACGAUUAAGAAGAGCAGAAGAAUUGUUAUAUUACGUUAUUGCUGGGAACAAUAAAAUGAAAGAACCUUGUCCUGCCAAUUACACAAGAAUGGGUCAAAAUUGCUACCAUUUCAGCAAUCGCGAUUUCAAUUGGAAAUCAUCAGCCAGUCUUUGUCGUGGUAUGGGUGGGCAUUUAGUCGAAUUCGAUACGAUCGAAGAAAGUCAAGAUGUAAUUGCCGGCUUGAUGUCGGAUUCAAAAUUAAAGGGUAAAAAUUUCUGGACGGGAGGCUUAAAUCCAGGACUUUUAUGGAUCUGGGCCAGCAGUGCUAGACCAGUUCAUCAAGAUACUAAACAGUCUGUCAUUGGUGAUGGCAGAUGCUUGAAGUUAACUUUCCAUGCAUCGUCGAAGAUUUAUUCCUACAGAGGUGAGGAUUGCGGUUUGAGACAAAGAUAUAUCUGCGAAUUGACAAUCGACGAUGAAUCGGCAAACAAGAUCGAAAGAACAGCACGAUUGUUGAUUGAUAAAGAUAAUUAAUGACGAUGGAUAAAAAUAGAACAGA